AUGGCCUUCAGUCCUCUAUUCUGGCUCUACGCCAUACUUCAAUGGGUUCUCGACAAGAUAUUUUCACCACACCCACCACCUCCGAAUACACACCUCCGCCGUCCUAAAAUUGCGGUUAUUGGUGCCGGUCUCACCGGUGUCUCCGCAGCGGCUCACUGUGUUGGCCAUGGAUUUGAAGUAACUAUCUUUGAAGCCGAAGAUGAAAAGCAUGUUGGCGGGAUAUGGACGCACGUAAACACGACUUCUGGUCUCCAAAUCCACAGUGUCAUGUAUCGAUUUCAUCCUUCCGUUCAAUGGACUGGAGGAUAUCCUCAGCAACACCAAAUCGUCGAUCAAGUCCGGCAGUUGUGGUACAGAUAUGAACUCAACCAAAGGACGAUCUUCAAUACAAAGGUCGAGAAAGUUUACAAAGACAAGGGAGGCCGCUGGAUCGUCAACAAUCCUGCGAAUGGACGUUUUGAUGGAAUCAUACCGGCAAUUGGAACAUGCGGUGCUCCAAAAAUGGCUCACUUGCCUGGCCAAGAGACCUUCAAAGGAGACAUUAUCCACUCCUCGGCCCUCGAUGGCAAAGACGCACAGGGAAAGAGUAUCCUCAUCGUUGGAGGCGGCGCGAGUGCUGUCGAAGCAUUGGAGUGGGCUGUCAAUACAGGAGCUGCGGAAAUCAAAGUGCUGGCAAGAUCUGACAAGUGGAUCAUUCCGAGGAACGCCCUGGUGGAUGCACUUCUUGCCUUCAAUAUAUUCGGUCAGGAGACACUGUUCUCGUGGAUUCCCGAGAAUCUGCUGCGCAUUUUUUUCUACCGCGACCUCAGAGAUAUAGCACCAGCAGAUCAAGGUCUUUUCACCGAGACUCCCAUGGUAAAUUCGGAGAUCUUCAAGCAGAUUCGUGCCGGCAAGGCAGCUUGGCUACGGGGGGAUAUUGAGGAGGUCCGCGAAAAUGGCAUCUUCUUCAAUCAAAGGGCAAAGGGUGUUCCCAAAGGAGGACCCGGGCGGCAUAAACUGAUCGAGGGAGAUAUGAUCAUCAUGGCGACUGGCUACAAGCGUCCAAGUCUUGACUUUUUGCCUGACGAUGUCUUCGCCGAUGGCUAUCAACCUCCACGAUGGUUUAUACAAUGCUUUCCUCCGACGGCUCCUUCAAUCUGUGCGAUCAAUUCGACUUACGUGUCGGCUAUCGGAACUGUUGGCAAUUAUCAUAUCGGAAUCUACACACGAAUGCUGCUGAUGUUCCUCGUCGACCCUCUGACAACUCCCCGGACUUGGUGGAUGAAGCGAUGGGUGGACUUUACCAGUGCGAUCAAGUCGCUAGCUCCAACCAAAGCAUUCGACUUCUUCACCUACUCUGAGCUGCUCUACUGGUUCUGCUUCAUCACGCUGAUCAACCCCUUUCGAUGGAAGUGGGCGCUCUUCGUGUUCUUCGGGAUUGGGAAGAACUUGCCUGCCAGGAUUGUGCAGCAAGAGGACAAACUGAGGAAUGGGUUGGGAUUUGGCAAAGAUGGCCACUAUGAGUAG